AUGGACUAUUUAAGUGAAAUCGCUAAAUUGCGAGAGAAGAUAAAUCAAAGCAGUAAUGGACUUGAUUUGGACAAAAGGGAACAGUUACAUAGGGAAGUCUGCAAUGAGCUUGCUUUUAAAAGGGAUCAAGUGUCUCAUUUGAAAACAGAACUCCAAGACGCAAAUUCAAAAAUUUUCGAACUGAACAGGGAACUUGAAGUCACCAAAUCGCUCUUGAAGGAAUCAGAAUUCACUCUCAAAUUAGCGCUGAAGAAAUCGUCCUCACUGGAGGACAAACUGAAAGAAAUGAAUGAAUCUUACACGAAUUUAAAAUUAAAAGAAGAAAUGAAGCUUUCCGAAAUACAGAUUCUUAGCGACAAUAUUCAAAAAAUGGCACUUGAAAACCAUCAACUAUCCCGAGAAGCUGAAGAAGUUAAAGACAAACUUCGAUAUUCUCGUGCCUUUCAAGAUGAAUUGGAAGUCAGACAAACUAAAAUUAAUUCAACAAUUGCGAAAAUAAGUAAAAGUGCUGAACAAUUAGAACAAGAACAUCUACGGGUAAAAGAAUUAGAAGACAAGCUCGAAAAUUCGGGGAAAUUUCACAAUUUAAGUCAACUACUUAUGAAAGAAAACGAGAAGCUGAAAAAAGAGAAUUCCAAACUGGAAAACACGGUGAUUGAAAAUAUUGCGAAGUAUCAGCGAUUAUACAAAUUAAUUAAGGAGCAGAAAGUGGUAAAUAUGCAACACGAGAACAUCAUGAACAAAAUCAAAUAUUUACAGAAGGAAAGCCAGUGCAAAAAUCUUCAAGAAAAGAAUUUCAAUAACGAACAAAUUAAUAGUGCGCUGACCGCAACCCUAAACAAGGAAAUCGAAACCAACGCCCGUUUAAUUCACCAAAAUGAAGAAUACGAAGCCCGCAUUCAACAACUAGAGAAGAAAAUCAACAGUAAAGUGAUCAAGGAUGAACAUGUUGACGUAAUCGAAGUUGAAUAAACCCAAAACAACAAUUACUUCGUUUUAAUUACAAAAUAAAUUACA